CGCUUGAGGGUGAUGUGAGAGGAAGAGAAAAAAAUUCUUAUUAAUUGUAAAAUUUUUUUUUUACUACAAAAAAAAAAAAAAAGGUUUUAUAAUAGAUACUGGGCGCGCUCCUAGUCAAAUCCCAACAGGAAGUUAUCAUUCUGACAGGAACAGUGUGAGGCGGGAGGGGAAGGUCCAACGCAUCGAUGCAAUGGCCAGCGCACGCGCAGUGGGCUCCUUUACGUCCUAGGUCUUGACGGCGCGUGGGAAAAGGGCUCCGCCCCCUCCUAACCGUCAGUUUCCCGCGGCGGCGCAGGCUCAGCUGGUUGUUGCUUCCCCCGUGUCUGUAGAAAAAUCACUACCCUUCGAGCCAAGAGACUUGAGUAUAUGAAUCCCAGCUCCAUUUGACCACAUCCUAGCUUUGGAAAAAUCUGGUGAUAUUCUGAUUGAUGAUUUUUGAUACAUGAUUACUAUCUUUCUGGAAGUUUAAAGGAUUAUUUUCCUUCAUCUGUUGUUUUUGCAUUUGAUGAGGACAUACCUAGGUUUUUCAUGAUGCUGAAUCCUUUGCUCUUAUGUAUGUUUCUGUUAAUGGUUCCUGGUUAUUAUGCUCAAGAAGAUGAAUGGAUUGAUCCCACAGAUAUGCUUAAUUAUGAUGCUGCUUCUGGAACAAUGAGGAAAGCUCCUCAGGUGAACUAUGGAAAACCAGAGAAAAAGGAAAUAAGUGUUACGGAUUCCAACUUGUCAUGUGCUGAUGAAAUGUCAGAAUGUUAUAAUAGACUUGAUUCUUUAACUCAUAAGAUUAAUGAGUGUGAAAAGAAAAAGAAGAAAGAUUAUGAAAGCCAGAGUAAUCAUGUUUUUAGGAGAUAUUUAAAUAAGAUUUUAAUUGAAGCUGGAAAACUUGGACUUCCCAGUGAGGAUAAAGGUGAUAUGCAUUAUGAUGCUGAGAUUAUCCUUACAAAAGAGACAUUAUUAGAAAUCAAUAAGUUUCUGAGUGGAGAAGACUGGAAAUCAGGAGCCUUAGAUGAUGCUCUAAGUAAUAUCCUAAUUAAUUUUAAAUUUCAUAAUUUCAAGACCUGGAAAUGGAGUUUUGAAACAACCUUUGGUGUGGAUCCAUAUAAUGUAUUCAUGGUACUUCUGUGUUUGUUGUGCAUUGUUAUGUUAGUAGCUACCGAAUUAUGGACAUAUAUUCGGUGGUAUACUCAGUUAAAACGUGUUUUAUUCAUCAGUUUUCUUAUCAGUUUUGGAUGGAAUUGGAUCUAUUUAUAUAAGUUAGCCUUUGCAAAACAUCAGGCUGAAGUUGCCAAAUUGGAACCUUUAAACAAUAUUUGUGCUGAGAAGAUGGAUUGGGUUGGAGGCCUAUUUGAAUGGUUUAGAAGUUCAUGGACGUUUCGAGAUGAUUCUUGCCAAAAGUACUAUGAGCUACUAUUAGUUAACCCUAUUUGGUUGGUUCCACCGACAAAGGCAUUGGCAGUUACUUUUACCAAUUUUGUAACUGAACCAUUGAAGCAUAUUGGACAAGGAACUGGUGAAUUUAUGAGAGCACUUAUGAAGGAAAUACCGCUAUUACUUCAUAUUCCGGUGCUGGUCAUCAUGGCUCUGGCUGUAUUGAGUUUCUGCUAUGGUGCAGGAAAAUCAGUUGGUGGAUUGCGGCAUUUAAGAGACUCUGAAAGAGAACCUCGCCAGGCCCUACAUCAAGGCAAAGGAAGAGCACAGGAAGGAAUUGAUUAUAGGCAACAUGGUGGAUCAGGUGAUGCAGAUCUCUGUUAUCGGAGCCAUGUUUGUCAGAGAGAUCAAGGCCCUUAUUACAAAGCAGAUGAGUGUAGAGGAGAGUUUUUGAGACAGAGAGAUGUUGGUUUAACUGGCAACAGGAGCCCUGAAGUACUACGGGCAUUUGAAAUACCAGAUGGAAAGGCAGAAGAGCAUCCCAAGGUGGUACCCUCUAAAUCACUCAUUUCGGAUAAGAAUCCAGAAGAGAUUUGUGAAAUCCCAGAAAACAGCAACGUGAAAGAAAGUAACAGUAAAACAAGACAUUCGGCAAAGCCAUCCUGUGAGCAACAGACACCAGGAAGUCAGGAAGGCAAGCUUCCAGCAGAUGAGGGUAUGUUGAGAAACGAAGUCAGAAACAGCCUCCACAAGAUGGAGCCCACAACCCAUCCACUGUCUUAGCUGGAAGUUGGGAAAAGAAUCAAGAAGACAGCCAACCUAGCUAAAAGGAAGAGGCAGCCAUGGACAAAUGUGAAAUUGUGAGGUCUAGCAUUACAUUUUCCCCUAGUAUUUUUCUUAUUAAGUAUUAUGUAUAGUCUAUUACUAUUCAUAUAUUUUUUGCAGAAGUGCCAACAAGACUGAAGUGAAAUUACUAGAUCUAAUAGCAAAUAAGUUUGUAAAAGAGGGUUCUAAGUGGAUGUAAUGACUACAUUUAAUUUCAUUUUCUUCCCUUUAAUAUUCUGGCAUUUUCAUAAUUAUUUUGGAGAAGGAUCUCACCUCACAUUCUAAAAUGGAUGUUUAAUUGAUGUUUAUUAACUAACCAGAACUAAUGAUGGUUUGUUUAAAAACAUCAUUAGUUCUGAUUAGCUAAUGAAAAUAAUAAUUAGAGAAUAUUUUUAAAGAAAUACUUUUAUUAGUUUUCAGGUAUAUAUAGGGAACAAAACUAAUGGGUAAUAAUAUUGCCAAAUAGAUGCCCUCCUACUAUAUUGGCUUUAAUGAACCACUGACAAUACAUUAUAUGCAGGUGGUGCUGUUAAAGUGGUCAAAUGCUUGAAAUAAGCAGUUUAAUUUCUUAAGUGGGACAACCAUUUUCAGAUUAAAUUUACUCUUAAAUGCACCUAAAUUUAUUUUCAUCUUAGCUCUUGGAAGCAGUAUUUUCCACAGGUAAUUCCACACUUUUUCAAAUAUGCAGGCAAGUGGGACCUGAAGACCUAAGUGCUAUUUGGCCACUCAUUGUCCCAAACCAAUAAGUUUAUUAUAUUCUAGUUGUUCCUCUUCAUUUGUUCCUUUACAAUCAGGUCAUCUUCUGAUAUGUUGUGAGAGCAUAAUAAAUUUGCCAGUGGAAAACCAAAUAAACAAACUUGUCUAUCAUUGUAAUUACUAGAGAUUCAGGAGCCACUGGCCUAGAAAUAAUCUGAAAUGCAGUGUGUGAACUUUGGCAGAACUAAUGACCUAAGUGUUGUCUUUUUUUGUUUACUUCUUGUAAACUCUUGUGUUAAACGUUACUGAAGUGUGAUCCAGAUAAAUGGGGACUUAACUGUAUCAUCUCUAAUUUGCUUGACCAAUUCCAUUUUCAUAGAUGACAUACCUUAUAGUCACAGUCUCACUUUACUAAUUAGUGGAGUCUACAUUACUGGGGUUUUAUUGACCAGUGUUUAGAGCAUAGAACAUUGACUGUAUUUAUAAAGAGGAUACAAAUACACAGAAAAGUCUUUGACUUUGCCCCAAAAUUAAUUUUUUUAAUUUUGUGUUUGGUUAAGAUUUUUUUUAAUAUUAGGAGUAAUUUAUCUUAAGCACAUUUGUUUAGUAUUUUCCAAAUUUAAAUAUUCUAUUAUGUAGGAAAAUAUAGCAUGCAUUUAAUUGUCUCUGAGAGGCGUCAUGGAGUAGUGGAGAAAGAGCUGGUCAGAGCCAAGAAGACCUGAAUUUAAAACCUGUUCUUGGCACACAUGUGUGAUCUAACAAGUGCUAACUUUACAGUGCUCUGGGUAUCUUUCAAACACUAAAGAGAAGGCUUAGAUCUUCACUGGUAGAGAGGAGUUUCCUCUCUGGAUUCCCUAUACCUCCCUGUGUUCAUCCCUUAGUUACCUUCUUUUUAAAGCAUAUUUAUAUGUUUGGCUUUGUAUGUCUUUAUUUUCCCACAUAGAUAUUGUGAAUAUUUUAUUUUAUUCAUGCUUUCCUUUAAAUAUUUGAUCGAAGAAAAAAAUCAAAACCCUAAGUUUGAUUUUAUUGUGUCUUGAUUACAAACAUAGGAACAUAUUCUUUAUUUUUGUGUAAUGCUUAGUUAAUGACAUCUGAUACAUAUUGAUAUAAAAAUUUUCACAACUUUUCAGGAAGACAUCUAGUGAAAAAAUAUUGAUAUGUACUUUGUUAUAGAUUUGUAUAUAUGGAAGAGUUGAAAGGAGCAGGUAGUUCAUCAGUGAUAGUUUGGAUUUUAAGCUUGGAUUUUAGCUGAUUGCACUAUAUUACUAAGCCAUUAAAAAAAUGUUCCCCCUUAUUUUUAGAAACUCAUUUCUCUGGGUAUAUAAAGAGACAAAUUGUUAUUGCUGAAUCUAUGCGUCCAAUACGAGAUUGAUUUUGUAAAAAGAAGUUGAAUAUAUCAUUUCACUGUAUAAUUAGUUGGGAGGGAGAAUUGAGGUUUGUGUCUUCUUAGCCACUAUUUGUUUGCCAUUAUGUCUUCCUUUGUAGUUAAGUUGUCUUGUGACAAUUGUGCUUCAGAAAAAUCACUGUGGAAGUAGGUUGAAGCUUUUUGAAACAUUUUUAAGGAAGUACAUUUGAUUUUGCCAUUUAUGAUAGUUAUGUUCUCUAAAAUCUCCACAAAUACUAAGUAAGCCAUUGCUUGUAGGGGAAAUACAGGGAUAGGUUCCCGUGAACCUUUGGGUACAUUUACUUUAGCAUUUUCCGGAGUGCUCUCAUACAGAUGGGUAAAUUUCCUCUUCCUUCUUCUGGAUGUACCAUAAUGUUGAUUCAUUAACAUUAAACUCACAGACAGCAGCACUAUUUCACUGGUGCCUGAACAAACUUUAUCUAAGACAUGUACUCUCUCCAAAAGGCACUUCGCAGCCAUCAUGCACCCUAAGAACACAAGGCAGCACUUCAGCACAAUUUUGAGCACCAUUUUAAACAGCAAAUCAUUAGCAAAAAGCACAAAAAGGUGAAAAAAGUGACACUAAAUAGACCAAGGAAAGAGUCUUGAUCACAGUAGCAUGAGAGCUGAAAGAAAAUGGCCAAGAGUUGGCCUUGUUUAAAUUCAGCUGAGGACACGGACAUGUACAAUAGGCAACUCCGAUGCUUUGCCACUUUGUGUAUGACUGAAAACACCAUGAGUAAUGAUUUUAAAGUCGAGUUAAUUCUAUUGAGUUAGAUACAUUUGUGACUACAGAAUUAAGAAUAAUGAGGAUCAGUGUAAUGUUUAUACGUAUAUAUUAUUAUUAUACAUAAUAAUGUCUUUUAAAGAACCAAAAUGUAUGUAUAAUAAAUUUUUAUUUUUAUAUAAAAA